GAGCAAGCAGAAGGGAAGGAAGGAAGAAAAACAAGAAACUUGGGGGAAAAGAAAGAGAGGGGGGAAGAAACUGAAAUUGAAAACAGACACACGCGUCCACCUUCCCCGCCCCCUCACCCCCCUUCUUGCAGCUGAGCCAAUCAGAGGCGGCCCUGCAGCCUUUCCCCCAAAGUGGGGCGGGGGGGGGUGCAGGGAAGCCCACAGUGGUGUGAGCUCGUGGGGCUGCCAGCGCCCGCAGUCCCUGCCUAUCCCGUCUGGGACCCAAGAUCCCUCUGUGAACAAGUUGGAGGCAGAGAGGAGGACAGCAAGGAGAGAACCCGGCCCCUCUGACCAGCGGUGCCGGGCAGCAGCCCGAGCCGGACAGCACAGCCGGCCAGACCCAGGGCGGCCCCUCCUGGCAGCCUUGCUCCUCCAGAAGGAUGCUUUGGGAGUGAGGCCACUCCUCACCCCUGCAGCCCCCCACUCCCUCCAUUCUCCUGAGGCUCCUGGAGACUGCAGCUGUCCUCCCUGCUCUUCUGCCCAGCCUCUGCCCCAUUUGGGAUCCAACAAAGUCUUUCUGUUAAUGAGAGGUCAGUGAGGAGGACUUCCUGGAGGGGGUGACAGCCCAGAGCUCAGAAGGCAUCAGCAGCAAGGGAGAGCCCAGGUCAGAAGGGAGAGCGUCUCCAUCCUCCCACAGAGGCUGCUCCUGGCUCCAGCACCUUCCGCCACAAAAGAGGUCAGGAUCGAUGACCACUAAUGGAGAACUGUAACCUGCAAUAAAGAGGAGAAACUGUCUACAGUUAGAGCAGCCCAUUCGAGCCGCUGUGGAAUACCCUUCCCUGGCAUCACCCACCAAAGAACCCAACUGAACCCUGGAGGCUGAGCUGGAGGCUGCCCCUUCCCCACUGGAAGAAUCCCAUACUCAUGACACGUGCCAUUACUGAGAACCUGUUAUGUGACAGGUGCGUUUCAUCAUCAUCGCCACUCCUCACAGCAAUGGACAAGGAAGUCUCUUGUGCCAUUUUCCUGGAAACUGGGACUCAGGGAAGUUAAUGUCAGAGAGGUCAUGCAGUUACAAGGACACCAUGCAGCUUCCGAGCGCCAUGCCAGCUCCUGUCCUCAAAGGCCAGGUGCUACUGCUGCCCCUGCUGUUGCUGCUGGGCCCACAGGCCUCCUGGGGCCUGGUCAUCACACCCCCGGGGCCAGAGCUUAUCCUCAAUGUCUCCAGCAACUUCGUGCUGACCUGCUCAGGUCCAGCUCCGGUGGUGUGGGAACGGAUGUCCCAGGAGCCCCUGCAGAAAAUGGCCAAGACCCAGGAUGGCACCUUCUCCAGCACACUGACACUGACCAAUGUCUCUGGGAUAGACACGGGAGAAUACUUCUGCACCUACAAAGGCUCCCAUGGGCUGGAGCCUGGGGAGCGGAAACGGCUCUACAUCUUUGUGCCAGAUCCCUCGAUGGGCUUUCUCCCAGUCGACCCCGAGGAACUAUUCAUCUUCCUCACGGAAAUAACUGAGAUCACAAUUCCAUGCCGAGUGUCGGAUCCGAGACUGGUGGUGACACUGCACGAGAAGAAAGUGGAUAUCCCACUGCCCAUCCCCUAUGACCACCAACGUGGCUUCUCUGGUACCUUCGAGGACAAGACCUAUGUCUGUAAAACCACCAUCGGGGACAAGGAAGUUGAUUCUGAAGCCUACUAUGUCUACAGCCUCCAGGUGUCAUCCAUCAAUGUCUCAGUGAAUGCAGUGCAGACUGUGGUCCGUCAGGGUGAGAAUAUCACCAUCAUGUGCAUUGUGACUGGAAAUGAGGUGGUCAACUUUGAAUGGACAUACCCACGCAUGGAGAGCGGGCGGCUGGUGGAGCCAGUGACUGACUUCCUCUUCAAUAUGCCCUCCCACAUACGCUCCAUCCUGCACAUCCCCAGUGCUGAGCUUGGCGAUUCAGGGACCUACAUCUGCAAUGUAUCAGAGAGUGUGAAUGAGCAUCGAGAUGAAAAGUCCAUCAAUGUCACUGUGGUUGAGAGUGGCUACGUGCGGCUGCUGGGAGAGCUGGACGCCAUACAAUUCGCGGAGCUGCACCGCAGCAGGACUCUGCAGGUCAUGUUCGAGGCCUACCCGCCGCCUACUGUCAUGUGGUUCAAGGACAACCGCACGCUAGGCGACUCCAGCGCAGGCGAGAUCUCCCUGUCCACACGCAAUGUGUCUGAGACCCGGUACGUGUCAGAACUGACGUUGGUACGGGUGAAGGUGGCCGAGGCGGGCUGCUACACCAUGCGGGCCUUCCAUGAGGACGCGGAGGCCCAGCUCUCCUUCCAGCUGCAGGUCAACGUGCCUGUCCGUGUACUGGAGCUGAGUGAAAGCCACCCUGCCAGCGGGGAGCAGACAGUCCGCUGUCGUGGCAGGGGCAUGCCCCAGCCACACCUCACCUGGUCUACCUGCAGCGACCUCAAAAGAUGUCCGCGCGAGCUGCCGCCCACGCCGCUGGGGAACAGUUCGGAGGAGGAGAGCCAGCUGGAGACUAACGUGACGUACUGGCCCGAGGAGCAGGAGUUCGAGGUGGUGAGCACGCUGCGCCUGCGCCGUGUCGAUCAGCCGCUGUCCGUGCGCUGCACUCUGCACAACCUGCUGGGACACGACAUGCAGGAGGUCACCGUGGUGCCGCAUUCUCUGCCCUUCAAGGUGGUGGUGAUCUCAGCCAUCCUGGCCUUGGUGGUCCUCACAGUCAUCUCCCUCAUCAUCCUCGUCAUGCUCUGGCAGAAGAAGCCACGUUACGAGAUCCGAUGGAAGGUGAUUGAAUCCGUGAGCUCCGACGGCCAUGAGUACAUCUACGUGGAUCCUAUGCAGCUGCCCUACGACUCCACCUGGGAGCUGCCGCGGGACCAGCUCGUGCUUGGACGCACCCUCGGCUCUGGGGCCUUUGGCCAGGUGGUGGAGGCCACGGCUCAUGGCCUGAGCCAUUCGCAGGCCACGAUGAAAGUGGCAGUCAAGAUGCUGAAAUCCACAGCCCGCAGCAGUGAGAAGCAGGCCCUCAUGUCUGAGCUGAAGAUCAUGAGUCACCUCGGGCCCCAUCUGAACGUGGUCAACUUGCUGGGGGCCUGCACCAAAGGAGGACCCAUCUACAUCAUCACCGAGUACUGCCGCUACGGCGACCUGGUUGACUACCUGCACCGCAACAAGCACACCUUCCUGCAGCGCUGCCCCGACAAGCGCCGCCCGCCCAGCGCCGAGCUCUACAGCAACGCGCUGCCCGGCGGGCUCCCGCUGCCCAGCCACGUGUCUCUGCCCGGGGAGAGCGACGGCGGCUACAUGGACAUGAGCAAGGACGAGUCCGUGGACUACGUGCCCAUGCUGGCCAUGAAAGGAGGCGUCAAAUACGCAGACAUCGAGUCCUCCAGCUACAUGGCCCCUUAUGACAACUACGUCCCCACCGCUCCUGAGAGGACCUGUCGGGCAACUCUGAUCAACGAGUCCCCAGUGCUUAGCUACACGGAUCUCGUGGGCUUCAGCUACCAGGUGGCCAACGGCAUGGAGUUCCUGGCCUCCAAGAACUGUGUCCACCGAGAUCUGGCAGCCAGAAAUGUGCUCAUCUGUGAGGGCAAGCUGGUCAAGAUCUGUGACUUUGGCCUGGCUCGUGACAUCAUGCGAGACUCAAACUAUAUCUCCAAAGGCAGCACCUUCCUGCCUCUGAAGUGGAUGGCUCCUGAGAGCAUCUUCAACAGCCUCUAUACCACCCUGAGCGACGUGUGGUCCUUCGGGAUCCUCCUCUGGGAGAUCUUCACCCUGGGUGGCACCCCUUACCCAGAGCUGCCCAUGAACGACCAGUUCUAUAACGCCAUCAAGCGAGGGUACCGCAUGGCCCAGCCUGCCCACGCCUCCGACGAGAUUUACGAGAUCAUGCAGAAGUGCUGGGAAGAGAAAUUCGAGAUCCGGCCUCCUUUCUCGCAGCUGGUGCUGCUCCUUGAGAGGCUGCUGGGCGAGGGAUACAAAAAGAAGUACCAGCAGGUGGAUGAGGAGUUUCUGAGGAGCGACCACCCAGCCGUCCUUCGGUCCCAAGCCCGCUUGCCUGGCUUCCAUGGCCUCCGAUCCCCCCUGGACACCAGCUCUGUCCUCUACACUGCUGUGCAGCCCAACGAGGGUGACAACGACUACAUCAUCCCCCUGCCUGACCCCAAACCUGAGGUUGCUGAUGAGGGCCCACUGGAGAGUUCUCCCAGCCUUGCCAGCUCCACCCUGAAUGAAGUCAACACCCCCUCUACCAUCUCCUGCGACAGCCCCCUGGAGCCCCAAGAGGAGCCAGAGCCCCAGCCCGAGCCCCAGGGGGAGCCGGAGCCGCCACUGGAGUCAAGCUGCCCUGGGCUUCGGGCCGAGGCGGAGGACAGCUUCCUGUAGGGGGCUGGCCCCACUCUGCCCCACCCGAAGCUUCCCCUCUACCUCCCAGCACCCAGAGCCUCCUGGCCUGGCCUGGCCUCCCAUCAGCCGUCACUUUCUAGAAAGCGUUUGCCCCUGGCAUGUGGCACCCCAGCCACUGGGGCUGGCUUAGGAGGCAGAGGGCUGCGGGGGUCACAGAGGCCAUGUGACUGGGAGCCAGGUUCUCCCAGGAAACUUAAUUUCUCCAUCUGUAGGAUGGGAGCACAGGGCCCGGUGACACAGAAUCUGGGCUUCUCUCCCAGGCUGACAGGCGGGGAGGUUGGAAUCCCUAGAGAGAUUCUCGGGGUUCAGGAGGUAUGAAUUAACGUUCUUCUGUUCGGCCAGCUACUCCUCAAGGAGCUGUAGCUUUCUCCUCGCACUUUCAUCCACCUAAGAGCUGGGGAAGAGACCCCGGCAUCCCUGGCUCCUGGCUCGGCCGGGGCCUGGCCUCGGACAGUGAUAUUCAUCCAGAAGCCACCUCUCCUUGAUGCCAAUCUCCGCCUUCCCAGGCCCGAGCUGGUCUGGGGCCAUCCACGCUUCAUGCUGGGGGCUGAGCCAAGUCCAGGACGCUCUGGCCCACAGCCCCUGUCCCAGGCACUCAGGGCACGCCUCGCCAUACAAGUGCUGGUGUCCAUGUCUGCCUGGCCCUGUAAGUGCCGGGGUCUUCUUCCUUAUCACCGCCAGUCUUACUCCACGCACCAGAGUCUCUGGGGCCAGGCGAGCCCCACAUCUGUGACGAGCGUGCGGAUGUGCCUGCAAGAAAUGUCCACAUGUGUAGAUCAAGGUGUCAUUGGACCUGAUACGGGACCUUGGAGGAAUUCCUCACCCUCUCCGGGCCUGUUUGCUCUGUUGAAAAAUGAGCGAGGUGGACUCGUUGACUUCUGGUGCCCUGCCGACACUAACAUUCUCGAAUAUUCCAGGGGGUGGCACACUUGCCCAGAAGAAGCAAAGCCAAACACUCCAAACCUCCGUCCUAGGGGUCAGCUGGGGUCUGGGCACAUUCCAGACCAUGCAUCACACUCUGGGCAUUCAGGAGCCGUGCCCCAUCCCCAGACCCCCAGGAAGUCCCAAAAGGCCAGCUGCCCAGGUCUUGACUCGGAGUGACAGCCAGUGUCUUGGAAAGCCCCCAGCAGCUGCCCCAUGGGAAGACUACAGGGCCCCUUUCAGACCUACCAGUGACCUCUGGAGCCCUCCUGAGCAAAGGAGGCAGAGAGGGCAGAUCAGACACCCUGUGCAUGCAGUCUGCUCUCCAGCACCUGCUGUCCGAGUCUGUGCCAUAGACAUCGUAGACAGUGAGGGCUCCUGGAGGCCCCCAGAAAGUACAAGAAGCUUUUCUAGGGAACCAGAGAGGGGUGCAAGAGGCAGGUACUUUGGGGGUUGCCUUCUCACCCAGCAGCUGCCUGGUCCCUGAGGGAGUACCUGUGGGGUACAGCUCGCUCAUUGCCUGGGCCCGCUCGCUGUACUCUCUCUGCCAACUACACCCCCGCUCAGUGGGCAUCGGGGGUGCCAGGGAGUGAGGGCCGUGGCCAAGACUGCUGGCAGGAGAGCCAGGAGUGGGCACCAGCCCCCUCUGCUGGGCCGGGAGAGGGAGGGGCUUCUCACUACGGUACCAAAGAUGUAAUCACCUAGGUUUACAAGUAUUUUUAGGACUCACAUUAACUCACAUUUAUACAGCAGAAGUGCUAUUUUAUAUGCCAUCAAAUUUUCCUAUCUGUGUACUUUUUUUUUUUUAAGAAAAAGAUUUUAAUAUUAAACCUGGUGCUUCUCACUCAUGGACUUCAUGGUCUCUCGAGGGUUUAGGUCCCCGUGCCUGGGAGGUGGCAGGAGUGGAGUGAGGCAGAUGGGGCUGAGCUCUGGCCAGUGUCCCCACACAGGGUCCUUCAGCUCGGAGUCUCAGGUCCACCUGUAAAAUGGGGUUUGCACACUCCCUCCACCACUUGCUAGCAGCUGGAUGGCCUGGACCUCAGGCUUCGGCUUCCCAAGGUAUGAAAUGGAAAGGCCCUACUGGCUCUGCAGUGCCUGGCCCUGGGACAGACCGGACUGUUCCCCGGCUCCCGUUGAGAAGCCUGAGCCCCUCCUGCAGCACCCGCCCUGCCCAACCAUGUGCUUUGGCUUUGGCUUGUAAGCUGGGACACCCCCCACCCUCCCCUCCAUUCUGCCCGCGGGCCAGAUGGACGCUGGUGUGGCUUGUGACAGGCAUCGGCUCCAGCCCGAUUCCAGGCCCUGGUGAGUAGCGGCUGGGUCUCAGGUAGGAACAGGGCGGACAGAGCACCCAUGGGGGCCAGAGAGCAGUACGAAAUGAGGAGAGAGGGCAAGCGAGAGAGAGGAAGAGGAAGAGAGAGAGGAAGGUGGGCGGGGAGGGGAGUGGGUGCGGCCAGGGUGAAGCCAGCGAGGAAAUGGGGCCCAGCUAUGUCUCCGAGGGCAGUCUAGCUAGGCCGGGCAGCGGGGUGCAGACCCAGCAGGCCCCAGACCCCUCACGACCACAGUGGCUCAGUGGUGUGGGGCUGGCAUGAGCCAAGCAUCCUGCUGCCUGCUGGCCAGCUCCAUCCUGACCAUAGGCUCCACGGCCCAGCGCAGGCCUGAAGGACCCUGGCAGCGGCACGGGGUCGGGGCAAUAGAGCCCACUGGGGCAAGAGCCAGAGGCAAGGGUCUUAGACCCAGGCUAUGGCUUCCUGACCUCCUCACUUGGGCCUUUUGGCAGGGGUCACCCAAGGUAGAACUGGGUUUCAGCCCAAGAUCUAUCAUAUCUUGCCGUGUGAUCUUGGCCAUCGCUUGCUCUCUCUGAUGUGGGGAAGGGGGCAUCUCCGUUUCCUUCUGGGGCACAAGCACCUUGUCUUUGGAACCACACACCUCCCUGGACUGCGGCCAAGGGCCUGGGGCUGUGGCCGCCAGUGGGGAGACGUGGGCAGCUCUGACUCACAGGCCCGGCCGCCAACGCAGGGGCGGCUGAACCACGCCAGGGGAAACCCUGCCCGCUGCAUGGUCUGGCCACACAAAGCCUACCCUCCCAGGGUGCCUGGCUUCAGAGAGCACCCAGAACCUGUGACCUUCCCAUUCCUGGCUGUGGUAGAAGAUGAAUAAGCCAAUACCCGGAUCUACCCCGGAAAGAGAAGAAACAACCCACAUUCCAGACAGGGAUUAUCCUUGCUCAUGGGAAAAGCCUCCGUCUGGAGGUCAGGAGACUUGGGCUCCCUCCACUUCAGGCCUGCUCCUUGGGGAACCCUUGGCUAGAUUACACCACAUCAGGCCUCAAUUUCCCCAGCAGUAAAUGGAGCUAGUGAUGUCACAAAGAGAGAAAGGAUGAUGAAAGGCUGGUGAGCGCCUAUCCUGUGCCAGGGCUGUCCUGCCCAUUUUCUCAUUUUACCCUCACACCAACCCUAGCAACCAGGUACCACUCCUUUCUCCAUAUUACACGUGAAGCCAAUUCAGGAAGGUUUUGAAGCGACCUGCCCAAGGCCAUCUGGUCAGGGUGGCAGGGACAGGAUCCCAGCUGACUCCCAAGUCAGUGCUCGAGGAGGUAAAGCGCUCAGCCAAGGUUGUAGAGCUGGGGGCAGGGGAAGCCUGGGUCCCAACCCCCUGUCUCCAGACCCCAGACCUGCCUGGUACACAGACAGAGUAGGGAAGGGCAAGGUAAGAGGAAAGAGCUAAGUGAACCUGAGGGCUAGCUGAGGGUGUGCAGAAGUCCGAGGAGGGGGGACCCACAGGUCACCUCGGCUGGCUCUUGCCUCCCAGCCUGGCCGCUCAGGCUGGCCCAAGGGAAUGGGUGAGCUGGAAUUUUCCUCCCAGACAGAUGAGCCACUUGGACUGUACAAUUCUUCCGCCACCCUAUUCACAGCCAGGGGCCUUGUUCCUGGAAAAAGAGGGAAAGACUGGAAGGCGCUCUUGCUCGUGGGGCCCUACCCUUCAGCUGAUGUGUGGGUCACAACCCCCGCUGAGGCCCUUCCUCUGCGCUAGGGCGCGUGGUCUAAAGGCCUCUUUUAUUUCUCUGUUCAACUUCAUAAUAAUUAAAAAUUCCUUUUACGAAAGUGUUUCUGUAACAUAUGCCUGUAUCAAAAAAAUCCAUUCUCAAAAUAUAUAUCAUAGAAAGUCUUUUUUCUUUGUGUAUUUUGUAUUUCAGCCUCCAGUAACAUUGUAAAUGUGUCUUGUCUUCAUUCAGCAACUCUGCGUACAGGAAUUUAUCUUAUGGAAAAUUGAAAAUUCACCUCUCACUGUUAAUAGUUUAGUUAUAUCCUUCCAGAGCUUCCCGCCCUUUCAUCUAUAUUAAUAUUUGUAUUUUGUAUCUGUACCUAUCUGUGUAAAUAUACAAUUACAAUUUUAAAUAAAACUACCACUACCAUUUU